AUGCCGUCCAAUUUAUAUAAUUUGUUAGAAGUUCAAGAGGAAAGCAUCGAGACGGCUGGAACUGGUCAGUUGUCCCACGGCAAGAACGCGGCUCUUAACAGACCUUCCGGAAGAGACGAUAAUAGAAAUCUUGCUGAGGUUUCCGGCAAGGACGCUUACUUCCUUAAGGAGCGUGUGCACUUCGCCUUGAACCACAUUCGUCGUUCAUGCUUACUUGCUCCAAGUUUGACUACGCCACGAAUUGCUUAUUGCACUUGGGCCUUCAGAAAUGGCCUCAGAUGCAGCAGUAUCGAGCCUACUCAAGUCGAUUGCUUCAGGGAACAACGCUACUACGCAAUCAUUUGUUCUUGCAACGGAUUGUUAUGCUUCUUUGAUGAACAUGUCUACUAUUACAUGCAUGCCAUCUUGUGGAACCCCUGUACCGGAUUCACAUUCGAAUCUCCGGAAAUCAGCGGCAAAGUCCGCUUUUGUGGCUUCGGUUACGAUCAUCUCAGUGACAGUUACAAAAUUUUUGCUGCUACAAAGAAGCAGGGGACAUCUGGUUUGGAGUCUAGUACCAGAAUUUAUACAUUUGGGCCAACUUCGUCCUGGAGAAAAAUCGAUGAUAUCCCAGUAGCCCUAUUUGGUUUCCCAAGUGACAACCCUAGUUGGGCUGUUAAUAGGGAAGGGGAAUUUUUUGGUAGUAGCAGAUUAUGCACUCUUAAUUGGAGUAUUUAUGACGUGGUUCUUUAUUUUGACUUGAGUAAAGAGACUUAUGGUCAAUUUCCUCUGCCUGAUAGUGAAAUAGAUUUAGAUCAUCAUAAUUUUCCAAGGCGGUGCACUCACUUAUGUGUCCUGAGAAACUGCCUUUCUGUUUGUUCUUACGAGCCGCAUAAGAUAACGUGGAUUGUGUGGCAGAUGAAGGAAUACGGAGAUGCUCAAUCUUGGACUAAAUUGGCAAUGAUUCCCAACCAUCCAAAAUUCACUAAUUAUUCAAAUUCAUGUCGUUGUUUACAACUUCUUUACAUCUCGAAAAGUGAUGUUCUUUUGGCUUUUUGUCCAUUUUUCGGCAUAGUUGUAUGUAACUUCAAUGAUGGGAGCAUAGAUUUUCCUAAGAUUCACAUCUCCGGCCUGAGGAACUAUCGUCCUUUUUCUCUAUGUGACCGGUAUAGGAUGGCUUGUAUCUACCAUGAAAGCUUAGUUUCACCAAAUGGUUUACAAAGCAACUCAUCCAAAUUACUGAUGCGCUUCGUCAAAUCCAAACCCAAGCCUGUUGACUCUUAA